AUCGGUUUUGUUUGUGGUAUUUUUGUCUUCAUAUGUUUGAUGUUAGUGUGACGAGGUGGAUGAAACUCUUCAGCACAACGGGACGGAACCCCAACCCUGACGUAAAAGCCACUGGAGGCCAGAGCUGCUGUAGUGGUGGUCUGGCAACCCAGCGACCAAAGGCUAAGCUCCUGACUGAAGGAGUGAAGCCAGCUGAUCGCUCCUGACGGGCUGUGUGCGUGUUUAUCAGUGCCAUGCUAACGCCCCGGUGAUCGGUGGGCAUUGGUAAAACAGAAUCCAGACUUCCAGGUCCUUAUGGCGGUUUAUGAUGAGAACAUCCUGAAGAAUCCUUUCUACUUGGCGUUGGAGAAGCAGAGACCGGACCUCUGCAGUCGAGUGGCAGAGCUCCACGGGAUUGUUCUGGUUCCCUGCUGUGGAAGCUUGACUGCCAGCAGCUACGCAGAUUCUCAGUUCGACAGCUAUGUCCUGCAGCCCGUGGAGGACGGAUUCCGGACCGGGGAUGGAAAGGAUGUCAGGAUCCAGGACAGGCAGAUCCUGCUGGGCACCGGAUUCCCUGCUCCGGCGUCGGUACCCAUCCUGUUCGAGGAAACAUUCUACAACAACCAGGAGCAGAGCUACAGCAUCCUGUGCAUCUCGCGGCCCCUGGAGGUGGAGCCGAGUCCCCUGGAGCAGAACCCGCUACCUCCAUACUGCCUGAAGAGCCUGGAGGAUGUCAGGGAGUUCCUGGGCCGCCACACCCAGAAACUGGACCGCUUCAUCCAGGGCUUUGGUCAGACCUUCAAGGAACAGGAGAGAAAGGGACUGAGACAUCACAUAGACCUGGUCAACGGGCUCUACACUAAAUGUCUUCAGUGUCUGCUGAGAGACUCUCACUUGAAACUUCUGGCAAAGCAGGAGCUUCAGAUGACUCUUCUCAAACAGGCGGUGGAGAUUUAUGUUCAUCAUGGCAUCCAUGAUUUCAUCUUUAACUUUGUGGGAACACUUGAAGCCAGCCAGGACGCUGCCUUCAACAAAACCACCAGGAGUCUGCAGGACCUGCAGCAGAAGGACCUGGGAGUCAAACCGGAGUUCAGUAUAAACUUGUCUCGAGCCAAGCGGGAGCUGAGUCAGCUCAACCAGCAGUCCUCCCCCCUCCUCAAACUGCUGUGCCUGCGCAGAGUGGCCCUGACCGCCACCCAGACCCCCAGACGCGCCGUCAGUAUAGAGGCUGUCUGUGCAGACGACCUGCUCGCCGUCGUCCUCUACCUGCUGGUGAAGACGGAAAUCCCCAACUGGAUGGCCAACCUGAACUACAUCAGGAACUUCUGCUUCAGUCAGUCCAGUAAAGAUGAGCUCAGCUACUGCCUGAGCACCUUCGAGGCUGCAGUGGAAUACAUCAGUCUGGGGAAGCUGCAGGACACACAUUGUGGCUCAGGUGAGCUGAACGACAAGGCACUGUUCAAGGAGAAGAUGAAUGUUCUGGCUCAGAGCGCCGCCACACCCAUCCACUGUCUGUUUGAGCACAUUGUAAAUGGAAAUGAGUCUGAGGUGAAACGGCUGCUGAGUGAAGGAGAGGGCGAUGAGGACGUCAGGAUGUGUCACCCCCUCUGCUCAUGCGACCUCUGUGACCUCCAGCAGUCUGGGAGGUUGAACGACCCGUCCAUCGUCACGCCGUUCUCCAGAGACGACCGGGGUUAUACUCCGCUUCACGCUGCUGCUGUGUGUGGUCAGGCCCAGCUGAUCGACGUGCUGGUGCAUAAAGGGGCGCCGGUCAAUGCCACGGACUACCACGCCCUGACGCCGCUGCACCUGUCCUGCCAGCGGGGGUACCAGGGGGUCACGCUCCUGCUGCUACACUACAAGGCCAACACAGACGCUCAGGACAACAACGGCAACACGCCGCUGCACCUGGCCUGCAUGUACGGACACGAGGACUGUGUUAAGGCUCUGGUGUACUACGACGUGCAGACCUGCCGCCUGGACCUGCAGAACGAUAAAGGCGACACGCCGCUGCACAUGGCGUCUCGCUGGGGCUACGAGGGGAUCAUCCAGGUGCUGCUGGAGAACGGAGCCAGCACGGCCGUCCUCAACAAGAGCAAGGAGUCGCCGCUGCAGUGUGCGCUCAACUCCAAGAUUCUUGUGAUGCUACAGUCGACUCAGAAUGGGCGCCUGCGUGCUGGAGUAGAUUCUCCAAGUCGCUCCCCUCAGGCCUCAGAGUGCAGCAGCCGUCGCUCCUCCAUCUCCAGCACCUCCUCAUUGGGCCCCGAGGCCAAACACGAGGGAGACCGGGUCCGGCACCGAGAGGUGGAGAAGCUGCUGCGGGCCGUGGCCGACGGCGACGUGGAGAUGGUUCGCUACCUGUUGGAGUGGACGGAUGAGGAAGAGGAGGAUGAAGGGGACAUUGGAUCCGAAGCUCCGCUGUGCCACCCGCUGUGUCAGUGUCCAACAUGUGCUCCCACACAAAAGCUGUCUGUCCUUCAGGCCGGAGCGCUUGGUGUUAACAGCUGUAACGUUGAUGGCUUCACGCCGCUGCACGUCGCCGCGCUGCACGGCCACAGCGGACUGGUGGGCCUGCUGAUUCGCCACGGGGCCAACGUCAAUGCCCGCACCAACCAGAGCGCCACACCGCUUCACCUGGCCAGCCAGAACAGCCACGUCCAGGUGGUGAGGUUCUUGUUGGAGUGCAACGCCAAACUGAAUAAGAAGGAUCAGUAUGGUAACACGUCUCUGAUACAUGCCUGUCUCCGUGGAAACCUAGAGACAGCCACCAUCCUGUUACAGAGCAACGCGUUGGUGAACUUGGAAAACCUUCAGGGCAACACUGCUCUGCAUGAGGCGGUGCGGGGCGGACACCAGGCCGUGGUGGAGCUGCUGCUGAGGGGCGGGGCCUCCGCUGGGACCAGGAACAGGAGGCAGAGGACGCCACUGGACUGUGCUUAUGAACUGGGGGGCAAGAACACGGAGAUUCUGAGAGCGCUCCAGAAGGCAUCUGGACUUUCCCCUGAUGAUGAACCAAUCAAACUCCUCUCUGUGCCCAAAGGAGCUCUGGCUCACUCGUUCGUGCAGCGUCUGAGGCUGCAGGAUAACUCCAACAGCAGGAGACAGGCUCAGAGCAUCAACAGGAUUCAUCAGCUGAAGAAAGGUUCCUGUGGUUCAUCCUGCAGGGUCUCACCAACACUGAGCCAGGUGAAGCCAGACAGGAGGAGGUUGAGGCGAGGGGAGACAGUGGAGGUCUGUAGCCCAUCAGGAAGCCUGGAGUCCGGGCCCCGGCUGAAGGAGCGGCCCCUGGGUCGCUGUCACACUCUGGACACACACAUUGCAAACAGUGAGUGCACAGUAGAAAAGAGUGAUGACAGAACUGCUCCUGAAACAGCAGGAGACGCGGAGCAAAUACUGACUGAAAGGAAGGAGGCACGGUCCCCUGAUGACUCCACCUGUACGAGCAGCGAGUCCUCGUCGUGUGACCACUCCUCACACGCGGAGAUCCCUCAAAUUCAGGAAGCUGCCGAGCUCCCUGCUUCACCCGACGCCGGCGGUGAAGUACAUACAAAUGGAGCGUUGGACGAGUCACCGGACCACCAGGAGUCCUCGCUGUCCAGGAGCACAGAUGGAAACUCCAAUGUCACCCACCCCCCAGACCAGACAGACACCAAGCAAACAGCAGAGCUGAGGUCCGAGUCAGUGACGGCAGAUGUGAAAGAGGAAACUCAACAGUUCAAAGAUGUCUAGAUGCUCAGAGUCAUGUCAACCGCUCUCAGUUUGACAGUUUGUGGACGUCACAGCUCAGGAAUGUAAACGGUAAUGUGUUCAACUACAGUCAAUAUCAGUAAAGGCAGGAAACAUUGAUGCACUCGAGUAUCAUAAUGUGUUUUACCACCGUUAUGUUCACACUGUGUCUGCACUGUUGCACCUGACAGAGAGCCAACCAGCUCGCUGUCAGUCAUUUGAUGGUGAGACACUGAAGUAACUGAGGGUCAUUCUUCAGUCGCCUGGUGCAGUUUGUCUCACUUGUUUGUUUUUAAUAGACUUCGUACUUAAAUUGCUGUCGGUCUCAAGCAACAAACUUGUCAUUGAGCUGCUCGGAUGUCCGAUGAUGUCAGUGACUAACGGUCCAUCUCUGUCAGCAGGUUCCAAGAAGCACUUUUCUUGUUCUUAGCUGUUUCAAAUGGAAAAAGGGAUAAAAAGCAGCAUUGUUGCUGUGUGUGAUUGACUGUAAAUCUGAUUUGAAGAAUGUGUGGUUUUGAUUUCAGCUCAAUGUCCAUGUUUGAAGUGGAUUCAUUGGGUGGGUUCGAGCUGACUUGUUGCCGCUCCACUGUUGAAAUGGGAUCAUUUCAUUUAUGGCCUUUGCUGAGGGUCGUGUGUUCAGAAAGCUUCCAGCUUCCCCUCAAGUGAGUCUGUUAAAGGAAAUCUUUGAAUCAAAAAACGUUUACAUCACUAUGAACUAUUUUCCAAAUCAUGGCAUCAGUCUUUAGGCUGAUUCCCUCUGACUCAGCUACAGAUUCAAUUUUAUUUCUGUAAAAAUGAACUUGCAGAGACUUGGAACCAGCUGCAGAUAAUUGUUUGUCAUCAACAUUCAGUCACCUUUUUGUCUUUGUCAGAGCUUAAUUUUUUGCUUCAUCGUUAUUUAAACGUUUAAUGGUAAAUCAUUUAUUCUAAGAUAAAAUAUGUAAUUAACACACAAUGAACCUUAAAUAUGUUCCAACAUGCUCUGAAAUAGUUGAAACACACUUGAACACUGAUUGUCAAAGCUCGUCUUGGAUCCAUCUGUGGCAUAAAAAAGUAUUUAUUGUCUAACUAGACAUUAAAUGUUGUGCUGUGAUAAUAGUCAUGGUCAUGUUAGUCUGAGAAUCGUGUAAUUAAUAAGUGAUGUCAGGGUUUUAAUUAAUUUAAACACAUUUCAGGUCUCAACAAGUAAGGUUUUUAUUGAAAUAAUUAAAUCUGCUGUUGCCCGUGAUGUAAAUCGAGCACUAGUUAUAGUUAUUGAACACAAUACUCCUGUGACGUAGAACAGAAGACAUUUCCUCUUAUUAAGGCAGCUUGAUGCAGAACCUUCGCCUCUGAACUUGAGCUGAUCGACCGACUCGUCUGAAAGCAGCACCUGUGUUUCGGAAACAAUGUCAAUCCCAGUGGAGUCUUAAUUAUUUUUUGAAACUUUUUAUUCUGAGAUUGGAUGUGUAAAAUGAUGUGAUUGUGCCUUAUUUAAUUUACAUCCAAAUAACCAGUAAUAAACCCCUGAUUUACA